AUGGCCAAGAAACUCAAUCCCACUCAGUUCACCAAAGCGGUCGUGCGCUCAUUCAUGAAAGACUCGGGUCUUGAGCCAACACUCCUCGGAAAGCAUUUCCGUGUCGUCAGUGCCACAGAAGGCAGGGUAGACUUUGAAGUAGACAUUCAAAAACAACAUACAAACCGACUUCAGACUAUCCACGGCGGCACCCUCGCCAGUCUCGUUGAUCUCGGUGGUUCACUCGCAGUCGCUUCAACAGGUCGCUUCUCCACAGGUGUCUCAACUGACUUGAACGUGACCUAUCUGAGUCCCGGAGGCCGUCCUGGUGAUCUUCUCAAGGGAACUGCUAUUCUGGACAAGAUUGGAAAGACACUUGCUUAUACACAGGUGACGUUCACCAAUAGCAAGGGACAGCUUGCUGCGCGGGGAAGCCAUACCAAAUAUGUCGCCGGUACAAUGGGCGAGGCCGGGCCUUUCGUUGCACCUGCAGAGUUUUCGGAUGUUGACUAG